ACGUGGUUGUAGGACAUGACUGGCGCAUGCGCGUGGCGUCUGGAAGGGGGGUCACUUCCCGGUGGCUGGAGAACUAUAAGAAGCCUUGACCCUGAUCUUGAGGCACUAGUCGUGCUGCGCUACCCAGGCACUCCACACUCAGCCAGUACGCUAAGGUGCUGGUUUGAUAAACACAGUGAUACCGGAAGCAGGAUGUUGUCGCGGGUACUGUUAGUGGUGGCGCUGGCGGCGGCGGCCCACGCGGCAGCCGUUGCAGAGGAAUCCGACAGAGAUAGCAAAUUAUUCCCCGUGAUAAACAUUAUCACCUUCGACAACGCGCCCUGUACGGCCCAGUCCGGAGAGAUGGGAACCUGCUACAGCCAGAAGGAGUGCGAAGGACUUAGUGGAACCCCGUCGGGAACCUGUGCCAACGGCUUCGGCAUCUGCUGCGUGUUAACCGCGACUUGUGAUGGUACCAUAUCGGUGAAUGGUACCUACUUCACCAGCCCUGGUUACCCAUCUACUUACUCCACACCAGGCACAUGUAUGGUGGAGCUCUUGCCUCCUGCAGGUACGUGCCAGAUCUUGCUGGAGUUCGAAAGCUUCAAUCUUAUGGGCCCAGUGAACGGCGACUGUAACAACGACACUUUCAUUGUCAUGGGAGCCAACGCCGGCAGUCGAAUCCCAGUCAUCUGCGGCGCCAAUACAGGACAGCACAUGUACAUUGACGUUGACCAGUCAAACGGUCCCUACAAGAUGAUGGUCACGUCCUCCGCACUGGCUUAUCCUAGAAGCUGGAAAAUCAAGGUAACCUUCUUAGACGAGAAUGACCCCUGCAAGGCCCCGCCUCGCUGCCUGCAGUACUUUAAGGAGACAUCAGGCGCCAUCACCUCAUUCAACUUCGGCCCUGAACCAAUGAUGCUCACGAAUCAGGAAUAUUGCAUUUGCUUCGGCUACAAUCCCGGCUUUUGCGACAUCGGCAUGAACUUCAACAGGCUGGAUCUUGGCAACAUUAACGGUAAUUGCGGUAACGACUACCUGGCCGUCGGAGCUGAAAAGUUGUGCGGAGACUUCGGUACUUUAACCGCUCAAGCCAACGCCACCGGCCCCAUCUCGCUGUGCGUGUUCUCAGACGACAACAACGACCGCGAGGAAGAAGGCUUCAAUGUGAACUACCUUAUGUUGGCGUGUUAAUAGCGGCGACGUUUUUAUUAUCAACCUAAUUCCCCCAUCCCCCUGCCUUCGCAAUCUCACCAACUGCGACGACCACCGUGACGACUUCCAUUCCCGUGGAAAUCGUGUUGUGUGGCGCGGGUCGUGGUACUGAGUGUCAUUAAACUCUCCCUUCACCCUUCCCCCACAAGGACUCUUGGGCAAAGAGUGAUCGCCAGGCAGUUCCUCCAGAACUUGCGACUGUCCGAGAGCUUCAGUAUGUGAGGCAAGAGUCACCUCUAUCACCGUGUGUAAUAUAGUGUACAAUAUGUGGGCAGCAAGAGACAUUGUAUAGCACUGUACA